AUCCACUUAACAAGUUUUAUUUUUUUUUAGAUUGGCCUAAUGAUGAAAAUGAUGAUUAUGAUAGAUAUGAAAAAAACAUCAAAACAUUUUGCAAAAAGGACUAUGUACCGUACACACAAUUUAAAGUAUCUUAUAAAAUCGUAUUGUUUGGAUCCAUCAUGAAUGAUUUCAGAGAGUGUCUAUAUAAUUGUAAAAACGACGUGUCGAUGUUAAAACUGUAUUUUGGUCCAAAUGCGUCCAAUGAUAACAUACAGACAUUUAUAGAAAGCUGGAAUUACAAAUCGGUGAUGAAUAAGUGUCUUGAUAAAGCAAAAUAUAAUUUAUCUUCAGAAACGGGAUUAGGAGAAAAGGCUAAAAUUGCAUUUAUGAUUGUCAUGAGAGAUGAUAAACGUUAUGAAUACACUGAUAAGCAAUUUGAAUUAAUGAAGACAGAUUUUGAAAACAUUACAGGCCACAAAGUAUGUUUUAAAAGUAGUUCAGACGUUAUUCUCGAAUGCAAUAAGUUAUUUGAAGGCAAUACUAAAGACUUGUACAAAAAACGUACUAAGCAAUUCUAUGUAUUAAGAGGAUUCGAAGACUUCAAAAGAUUUUCAAAUCAAAUAAAAGCAUCAUUAAAAUUUCUAGAGUACAUAGAAGGUAAACUUAUAAAUAAUAAGGAACCACAUUAUGAUGAAUACAAUGCACAUCCGAUUACCAUAGAAGAUUACCAAGAAUUACGUAAACCUAUACCACUGCUGCAUGAAGAUUCUUAUGAAUUAUAUUUGAUGAGAUUAAAACGUCUAAAAUGCGUUCCAUUUGAUGAAGAAACAUGGAGCACAGACAUGAACGAAUUAAAGCAGGAUCAUGAAAAAAAUCCAUAAAAUCCUUAAAAUCUCGAAUGUGAAG